UCCACAGAAGGAGUUUAUUCAAGUAUUACCCAGGGUGCCAGGAAGAAAAGGACCUUUAAAGGGAUUUUUAACCCCUUUAAAAUAUUUACUGUUAAUUUUAUAAUCUUAAUCUUUUAUAAAUUAUCAAGUGAAAAUCAUUUUCUUAGGUGGAACAAUUUUUUAAGGGACUUGACAAAUUUGCAAGGAGUCUGCAUUCUACAAAUAUGAAGGAAUAUAUACUUCUGCUUCUUGUGGCCUUAAGUUCUGCUAAGCCCUUCCAAAAGCCUUCAUACUUCACCUUUAAGAAUAUAAUGCUCAUGGAUAUGGAAGAUCUAGAUGAUGAUGAUGAUGACAAUGAUGAUGUUGAUGAUGAUGAUAAAGAUGACAAUUCCCUUUUUCCUACCAGAGCACCCUUGAUACCAGUUGACAUAUUUCCAGUCUGUCCCUUUGGAUGUCAAUGCUAUUUAAGAGUUGUCCACUGUUCUGAUUUAGGCUUGACUUCUGUACCAAGGAAUAUUCCAUUAGAUACUCGUAUGAUAGAUCUUCAAAACAACAAAAUAAAAGAGAUCAAGGAAAAUGAUUUUAAAGGACUUUCAUUCCUAUAUGCCCUUGCCUUGAACAACAACAAAAUAACAAAGAUCCAUCCUAAAGCAUUCCAAUCAACAAAGAAGCUGCGGCGUCUCUACUUGUCCCACAAUCAUUUAACUCAGAUCCCAGAAAAUCUGCCAAGAAGUUUAGCUGAGAUAAGAAUUCAUGACAACAAAGUUAAAAAGAUUCAUAAAGACAUAUUUAAGGGAAUGAAUUCUUUACAUGUUUUAGAAAUGAGUGCAAAUCCUCUUGAUAAUGAUGGGAUAGAACCUGGGGCUUUUGAAGGUGUGACAAUCUAUCAUAUAAGGAUAGCAGAAGCAAAAUUAACAUCUAUACCAAAAGGGCUACCAUCCAGUCUACUGGAACUUCACCUAGAUGACAACAAAAUAUCUGCAAUUGAAUUUGAAGAUUUCAUUCGAUAUAAAAAUCUUCAGAGGUUGGGGUUGGGAAGCAACAAAAUCAAAGAUGUGGAAAAUGGAAGUUUUGCUAAUAUACCAAAUGUUAGAGAAAUCCAUCUAGAAAAGAACAAACUGAAAAAAGUACCUUCUGGUCUUCCAGAACUAAAAUAUCUACAGGUUGUCUUUCUUCACUCAAAUAGUAUUUCAAGUGUGGGAGUGAAUGAUUUUUGUCCAACAGAAGGAAGGCUGAAGAAAACAUUAUAUAAUGGCAUAAGCUUAUUCAAGAAUCCUGUCAAAUACUGGGAUAUUCAACCAGCAACCUUUCGUUGUGUGCUAAAUAGAAACAGUGUGCAGAUUGCAAAUUAUGGAAAAUAAAAUAGUACAGGCAAAGUAUUAUUGAAAUACUAUUAUUAAAACCAACAUCACAAAACUUGAAACUGUAAAAACUGUAAAUUAUACUGCCCAGUUUCAUUACAAAAUACUUAUAAGGUUUAAUAAAUUAAAAACAUAACAUUCCAUUAAAUUCCUUCCAUUUAUUUUUCUAUAUUUUUAAUUUGUGUAAUUUAGGAAUCUUUCUAGAAUAAAUGGUUUCUUAGCACAAAAUUGGGUUGUUUUGUUCACUGAGAUCCACGCUACUAUGUCUUUUUUUUUGCAGAAGAAAAUAUUAAGUUUUAAAAUAAUUUUCAGGGGAUUAAAUAAAUAGUUAUGUAUUGGAAAGAACUCCUGUUUAAAUAUUUAUCAUAGCUCAAGAGGAAAAAUUUGAACAUUUAACAAAACUAAACUAAACUGCCCUUAAAAAGCUCUAUAGGACAUGAGUCCCCAACCUAAGGGUCGCAGCCCCGUUUGGACAUGCACACGGAAGCAAAAGGGGACACUAGCGCAGGUGUCUGUGGCCUUUUGCGCAUAUGUGAAUGGAACUGCUAGCCACCAUGGGGGGUGCGCGGCUGUUCAAGCAUGUGCAUGGUGCCAGGGCAUGUGCAAACGGGGUUGCUAGUGCUACGCCAGUGUGUGUGGCCCCAUGCACGUGCACCAAUUUUGAAGCUGCUUUCCUUCCCUCCAGUCCAUGAGCCCGGAAAGGUUGGAAAGCUCUGCUAUAGGACACUUUAUUAUUAGUUUGAUAAUCUAAUCCAUUAUGACCCUAGAUAAUAUUUAAAGAUUUGUGCUAAAACUGAAAGACAAACUCAGUUAUGAAGCCCUUUAGCCUCAAAGGUUUUAAUAUUUAUUCAUGUGGAUGUCUUGGACGAAUAUACCACUUUUAUAACAAAAACAUAUAUAUCCUGAAUAUUAACCAUGCAGAAAUACAUUUUAAAAAGAAAUGAAUAUAUUCUCUGCACUGAGAGCACAAAUACACAAUCUUGCAUUUCCUGUAUGGGUUAGUCCAGUUAGGAUGGAAUUUUAAGAUCUGAGAUUAGAAAAGUAUUUUAUUUUGUGGUAAAAUAUUUUAGGCAUAUGGGGAUCUCAGUCAUGUGCAUAAAGAGGAGAGAGACACAGACAGAGAGAAGUUAAUGUAUGCAGAGAGUCAAUGACACUCACAGACUAUUAUACCUAUAAAUAGACCCAUUUAAAUGAAUUGAAAAUUUAGUUAAAAUAAUUUAUUUUCCCAUAAGCUGUUAUAAAUAUUCUGGCUAGCCUUUCCUUUACAUGUGAGAUAAAUAGAUAAACAGUUUUAAAGACAUAAAACACUAACACAAAUUAAUACAGAAUAAAGAAAACAAACAAAGAAAAAGAGAAAAAAGCCUUUCACUUGUGUUUUCACUUGAUGUAGUAGACAAUGUACUUUGAAUGACUAAUUUAAGACCACUUUUUAACUUGUCUUUAUUGUAUUAUGAAAACUGGAUCUAAUUCUUGUAUAUUACUGCUUUGUACUGUAACUUUGCUUUACUCCAACCUGCAUGUACUGUAUACAAAAUAUUUUGUUAUGGUUGGUUAACUGACGAUAGUACUGUGUGAAAAUAUGUAUCUACUUCUAUAUUUAAUGUAUAUGUAUUGUUCAUUUAAGUUAAGAGAACAGAAAAACGCUCAGUUGUUUUAUUAAACAUACUGAAUUGAAAUUU